GUUUGACGUCACGGGGAGUUAAUUUUAAAUCGGAGCAAGAUGGCGGAGGGGGCCGAGGCCGCGCGGAGGCAGCCGCCGCUCCCGGGCUUGCGGCGCCGGCGGCCGGGCAGCGAGCCCCGCGCCGAGGCCAACCACGUCUCGUCCACCAGCAGCCUCGGUGAGGACUACGAGGAGGAGGAGCUGCUGGCCCCCGAGGAGGCCGCGCGGAAGCCCUGCCCGGUGCAGAUCGUCCUGGCGCACGAGGACAGCCACGACUUCGAGCUGGACGAGGCGGCGCUGGAGCGGGUGCUGCUGCAGGAGCACGUGCGCGACCUGGGCAUCGUGGUGGUGUCCGUGGCCGGCGCCUUCCGCAAGGGCAAGUCCUUCCUGCUGGACUUCAUGCUCCGCUACAUGUACAACCAGACGUCCGAUGGCUGGAUGGGCGGCGGCGACGAGCCGCUGACGGGCUUCACGUGGCGCGGGGGCUGCGAGAGGGAGACGAUGGGCAUCCAGGUGUGGGACGAGGUCUUCGUGGUGGAUCGGCCCGACGGGACGAAGGUGGCCGUGCUGCUCAUGGACACGCAGGGCGCCUUCGACAGCCAGUCGACCAUCAAGGACUGCGCCACCGUGUUCGCCCUGAGCACCAUGACCAGCUCCGUGCAGGUCUACAACCUGUCCCAGAACAUCCAGGAGGACGACCUUCAGCACUUGCAGCUCUUCACGGAGUACGGGAGACUCGCCAUGGAGCAGAUCUACCAGAAGCCCUUCCAGACGCUGAUGUUCCUGAUCCGAGACUGGAGCUACCCGUAUGAGUACCCGUACGGGCUGGAGGGCGGGAGGCAGUUCCUGGAGAGGAGGCUGCAGGUUAAGCAAAACCAGCACGAGGAGCUGCAGAACGUAAGGAGGCACAUUCACAAUUGUUUCUCAAACCUUGGUUGCUUCCUUUUGCCACAUCCUGGUCUUAAAGUUGCAACUAACCCUAAUUUUGAUGGGAGACUGAAAGAUAUCGAUUCGGACUUUAAGCAAGAACUCGAAAACCUGGUCCCGUUGCUGCUAGCCCCCGAGAACCUGGUAGAAAAGGAAAUCAGUGGAUCUAAGAUCACGUGCCGAGACCUUGUAGAGUACUUUAAGGCCUACAUCAAGAUCUACCAGGGGGAGGAGCUGCCGCACCCCAAGUCCAUGCUGCAGGCAACCGCUGAAGCCAACAACCUUGCUGCAGUGGCGGGGGCCAGAGACGUCUACUGCAGACACAUGGAGCAGGUGUGCGGCGGGGACAAGCCUUACAUCGCCCCCUCGGACCUGGAGCGCCGUCACCUGGACCUCAAGCAGACGGCGCUGCGGCACUUCCGGUCGGUGAAGAAGAUGGGCGGGGAGGACUUCUGCCGGCGCUACCAGGACCAGCUGGAGGCGGAGAUCGAGGAGACCUACGCCAGCUUCCUCAAGCACAACGACGGCAAGAACAUUUUCUACGCCGCCCGCACCCCGGCCACGCUCUUCGCCGUCAUGUUCGCCAUGUACGUGGUCUCGGGACUGACCGGCUUUGUGGGCCUGAGCUCCAUCGCCGUCCUGUGCAACCUGGUCAUGGGGCUGGCCCUGACCUCGCUCUGCACCUGGGCCUACGUCAAGUACUCUGGGGAGUUCCGGGAGCUCGGGACGCUCAUCGACCAGGUCGCCGAGACGCUGUGGGAGCAGAGGAGUCCGCGGAAGGUGUUGUCCAAACUCUUGGAAGUCACUCGGCGGCGAGUGGCCCGCCGGGCCCCGUCCUCGGCACCGCGGCAGAGACUGGCGCCCAGCAGUAACAAGAAGAGAAAUUAGGCAGUGUGCCCGGCCUCUCCGGGCGGCGGGCGCGAGCGGGGCGCCGGGUCCGCGCAGGAGGAAAGUCCUUGUGUUGGUGACCGUGUGGCCGCAGCGCUGUCUGGGGACAGGCACCUUUGCAUUUCUCGCGCCCCCCGCCCCGGGGGGUUUCUUCGUGGCUUGACUUGACGUUCUCCUCUCGUGUCCGGGGUCGCUCGUCCCGUCCCUCACGUGUGUCUUGUUUGCACAUCUCUCGUCCCACAGGUGUUGAAGCCCCUGGGCGACAAUCUGAUGGAGGAGAACGUCAAGCAGUCUUUCCGGAACUCCCUCCGGGCGGGCCUCACCGAGCAGGUGGCACAGCAGGCCCGGCUGAAGGCGGACUGACGGCCGCCCGCCUCCUCCCGCUUCUGUACAGUGAGAACGCAAAUAAAGAUAAACCAAAGUUUACAAUCGACUCUAGAAGUAGUUUCGUAGAAGCGGCCCCGGCGGCCGGCCGCCCGCCUUCUCUCCCGCCCGCCCGCCCGCCCGCGCGAGUUAGCGAAGUCUCUUUAGCAGGAUAUUUCAGGGAAAUCUUCGGAGAAGUCUCUAGUCUCUCCCAGUGUCCGUUGAGAUUUUGAUUUUGUAGAGAAGUUUCGAAUCAAGUGCAUCAGGAAUCCCAGGGGGACGCCAGCGAGGCCCGGAGGGGCCGGGCGGCCGGGCAGCGUCCCCGGGGCCGAGGUCUUGCCUUUUCAACUCACGAACCUGCCCUCCCGGAGCUGCGUGCGGGCACCAGGGCCGCCGUGCCGGGCGCCUUCCUGUACAUAGACUCGCCAUGGAUUUUACUGGGGGCAAAGUCCAUCCACAACCGUUGCCUACAGCUCCGAGUCACGAGUGUUUGUACAGUCUGUAGCUUUUAUUUUCUAAACCCACAGAUAGGGCAUGUAUAUGAUUAUAAAUAUAUAAAUACGAUUUUGUAUCCAAAGUUUUGUAGUCUAUGGCAAAACCCGGCCCCGUGGUGGCCGCGGCCCGUCCUGUGUGAAUGCGUAGCCAGUUUGCAGUUUUUGAUAUCUGUGUGAUAUUUCUCCUCGAGCACCGCACUCGCACCCUGAGGGGCCUCACUGGGAAUGUUUAUUGUGACCUUGUCCUCUGUUGCAUUUUAAAGUUAUUUCCUGUAAUUUAUUUUCAGUACAUAAUUAAAAAAAAAUCGUUGUAUAU